UUAGGUUAGGUUACUCGCCUGAGAGCUGUCGAGAGUAUUUCUUGCCAAAAUUGACUCCCAGCACAAUUUCAGCUUUCGGAAAACGCUCUCGAUAGCUUCUAGCAUGAGCUUUACUCUCAAGCAGACACGUACCCUUAUGAAUAUAUUUUUACCAUUAACCUCUUUUUAAAUUAAAUAUUAUUUUAAUGCGCGUGCGUGAAAAAUUGUACGUCCAAAAUCCAGCAUAUUUCUAUUAAUUCAAGAGUUACAGGUGUAACACUGAAAGGAGAACGUUUGUAGGAAUAAAGUGUGUAUUGUAUCUUUAGUUAGGAAAUGCUAAGAAGUUCUAUUAUAUAUUUCAUUUUAUUAAGCUGAGAGGGUGUAGAAAUGUCGCGUUCAAAAUCUGAAAGGAUAGGAAACGGUGGCAAGUGUGAAUUAAGUGUUUGGACACGUGCAAUAACAGCGAAUUCCGAAUGGCCAGAUAAAGAAGAAUUUCUUGAUGUUAUAUAUUGGGCUAGACAAGUAAUUGGAAUUAUAGUUGGGAUAGCAUGGGGCCUUAUACCUUUGAAAGGUUUCAUAGCUUUAUUACUAUUUGUACUAGUCAAUGCUGGUAUUACAUACCUGUAUUUUAGUAAUUUUCAACAAAUUGACGAGGAGGAAUUUGGUGGUGUAUGGGAACUAACUAAAGAAGGUUUCAUGACAUCGUUUGCUGGCUUUUUGGUUACAUGGAUCAUUAUAUAUUCAGGAUUACAUUUUGAUUAAUAAUUGAUCAUGUCAGUGGUCACUUGACUGAAAAGAACAUGUACAAUAUUUAAAAAGAAUCAAGUGCUUCACAUGUUCAUGCAAUUUAUUUGAAACAUUUUAGGAAAUAUUUUCACAUUUCAUAUAAGUUAUUUGGACAUUCAUCUUUCAGAGCACUUAAUAAAUGUACAAUAGAACUUUUUAUUUGUAAAAUGUCAUAUGUUUACCUCUAUAAUUUGCCUCAUCCAAUUAAAUACUUAUACAUUUAAAAGUUUUUUAUGUACAUAAAACCUUAAACAUCUUAUUUUUUGCAAUAAGUGCCACAAAUUGUUGCUAUAAAAAUAUACACAUUGCAAAUGCCAAAUCAAAUUGUAUACAUAUACAGGUAAUUAAUAUAAAUAAAAAUUUGAAUAACCAUAUCGCUCAAUAUUUAGUUAUGUUUAAUACUUUAUAUAUUAUUCAUACAAUUUUUAUACCUGACAUUUUAUUCACUAUUUAAAUGUUCUAAGCUUAAAAAUUGAUAGCUAUAGCUACUUUCUUAACUAAUAUAAGAUAAUUAUGUACAAAGUAGAUCCUAGAUAUUAAUGUAACUUUUUGUUAUGUUUCAAUGAUAAUUGUUUAUAAAAAAUUUUUAAUUAUAAGAAAGUUGUUACAUGUAUAAGACAAUUAGUAUACAAUAAAAAUAAUGAAGAGAAAAGAAGUAUUUAAGCUUCUAAACAAGCUAUGAAAUGAUACUUCAUCAGUUUUAUGUAAGACAAUUUAUUUAUUCAGGCUUUUACAUUGAUGAAUUAUCAUAAAUAAUGAAAUGUGUUCAAUAAAUUCGUAUAAAA